UCUCGUUUUCUGUGCUGGCUGUCUUUCGGCAACAAGAAUCUGGGCUGGAGUUCUAUUUCAAACAUGUCUGCAGUAAAAACACAUCCAGUGGUCCGGCCAGACUGGAAUAAUCUCGAUAUUCUUCACAAAAACACCCUACCCCCUCGUGCGAACUUUUAUGUAUACAACUCAGCUAAAGAUGCAUUAACGUAUGACAUCACAAAGUCACGGACACACUGCCUUUCGGGGAAGUGGAAGUUCAGCCAUUCCAAGAACCCAUUCGAAGCCCCUGAGGGUUUUGAAGACCCUACAUUCGAUACAACACAAUGGGACGAUUUGGCCGUACCAAGUAUGUGGCAGCUUAAUGGCUAUGGCAAGGGCCCGCACUACACGAACGUCAACUUUCCCAUUCCUGUGGACCCACCAAACGUGCCAUUAGAUGACAACGAGACGGGUUCAUAUGUGACAAAAUUCACGGUGCCUCAAAAUCUACAGACUUCUCAACUUAGACUAAGAUUUGAGGGUGUUGAUUCGGCUUUCCACGUCUGGGUCAAUGGGCAGGAGGUCGGUUAUCACCAAGGCUCUAGGAACCCAUCCGAAUACGACAUCACCAAAGUGGUGGAGACGGAUGGCGAGAAUACACUUGCUGUAAGAGUCUACCAAUUUUGCGAUGCAACCUACAUCGAAGACCAGGAUCAGUGGAGAAUGAGCGGCAUUUAUCGUGACAUCUAUCUGUUGGGCUUCCCGGCCGAAUCAAGAGUGGAAGAUCUUUUCGUACAGACCAAACUUGAUAGCCAAUACGUCGACGCUGACCUUAAGGUUCGAGUGGAUGUUACUGGAUCAGGCAAUCUCAAAGUCGAACUUUUUGAUCCUUCAAAGAGCACGUCUAUUGCAUCUGAGACGAAGUCUACGUCAGGAGGCUCUAUUGAUUUCUCAUUCCCAAUUAAAAACCCCUCCAAAUGGACAGCAGAAACGCCGACAUUGUAUCAUCUUUUGGUCACAUUGGAUAACAAUGCUUUCGUCGCUCACCGCAUUGGUUUCAAACAGGUCGAAAUGAAGGAUGGCCUCAUCAAAGUGAACGGCAAACGUAUCGUACUGAAGGGAGCAAAUCGACAUGAGCACCACCCGAAAUUCGGGCGCGCUGUCCCCUACGAGUUCAUGAAGAACGAUCUCUUGCUAAUGAAGACUCAUAACAUCAAUGCUAUUCGGACGUCACACCAGCCGAGUGAUGUGCGUCUAUAUGACCUCGCUGAUGAACUUGGGUUUUGGGUUAUGGACGAAGCCGAUCUUGAAUGCCACGGUUUUGAAUCUAUAGCUGAUGCUGCUCUCAGCCCCGAUGAGAGGGCUCUUCCCUUUCGAGAGCGUCAACUUUUGACACGAAAGAAUGCCGCUGAGUGGACAACGAACAAUCCAGCCUGGGAGAAAGCCUAUGUCGAUCGUGCUCAACACUUGGUUCGGCGCGACCAACUUCAUGCUUGCGUCACUUUUUGGUCGCUUGGGAAUGAAGCAUUCUUCGGCCGAAACUUCAAGGCCAUGUACAAUUGGAUCAAAUCGUAUGAUGACAGCAGGCCUAUCCACUAUGAGGCUGACAUCUACGCGGAAACUAUGGAUAUGUUUUCAAGAAUGUAUCCUCCAAUCGAAGAAAUUGUCAUGUUUGCUCAAGAUGAGAGCAAGACAAAACCACUCGUUCUCUGCGAGUAUAUUCAUGCCAUGGGCAAUGGACCGGGUAACAUCAAGGAAUACGUUGAUGUCUUCUACAAGUAUCCAAAACUUCAAGGUGGAUUUGUGUGGGAGUGGGCAAAUCAUGGACUCCUGAAAAAAGACGAGAACACAGGGCAUGAGUUUUAUGCUUACGGUGGUGAUUUUGGGGACAUACCAAACGACAGCAACUUCGUGAUGGACGGUGUUUUGUUUUCGGACCAUACCCCAACACCUGGACUCAUCGAAUACAAGAAGGCUAUCGAGCCGAUAAAGGUAGUUUCGCACACGGCCCGGUCAGCGACUAUCGUAAACCGAUACGACUUCAUCACGUUGGAUCAUGUGGAGUGCACGUACCUCAUCCUUGAUGGUGGCAAGCCAACCGCGCAGUCUGGGUUUCUCGAGCUGCCAUCAGGCAUUGAGCCUGGAGAUACUGUUGAGCUCACCCUUCCAGAAAUAAAUGGCAAACUGUCCGGAGAGGGUAUCGUGCAACUACUUUUUCGCCAUGGAAGUGAAACACGAUCGUUACCAAAAGGGUUCGAGUUGGCUUUCGAAGAGAUUCCUAUCACGACUGCCCCAUAUCCCGUAGCCCUUCAGCCAGCUUCCUCCGAUAAGCUCGAGGUCACCGAAACACGAGCCCUUAUCACAGUUAAAUCCGCAAACACUACAUGGACGUUUUCACCAAUUGAUGGCAAGCUCCGUUCACUCAUAAAGAAUUCCGCCCCCUUCUUGGCAGCCAGCCCAGAUCUGACCUUCUGGCGAGCACCGACCGACAACGACCUGGGGUUGGGAGUAUCUGACGGUAAAGACUGGAAACAGCAGCUACUGCAUCUCGGGAAGACUUACACCCGCGGUAGCUCCUGGAGCAGCUCCAAUAAUGAGUCGGAAUUCACCGUGAAAGUACAGCAGGAGUUCCGCCCACCGGUGCUAUCAUGGUCAAUCGAUCUGGACAUCGCGUACACCUUUCACGCGUCAGGAGCGCUGGCCGUUCAUGUAAAGGGUCAUCCUCGCGGCCUGAACCUCCCAAAGACAUUACCGCGCAUCGGAUUCACCAUGGAGUUGCCCAGCGAGUGGGCAGGAGAUAAGGAUAAGCCAGCAUCUGUCACUUGGUAUGGGCGUGGACCCGGUGAGAGCUAUUGCGACAAGAAACUGUCCCAACGUCUGGGUGUGUAUAGUGUUGCUGAAGUGUCAGAGCUAUGGACGGAGUAUGAAUAUCCCCAAGAGGGUGGCAACAGGACCGACACCCGGUGGGUCAAGUUUACUCACUCCGGGGGCGAGUUUCUUACGGCGCAGUUUGUCGACUUAGAGAGCUUCGGGAGUGAAAAGAGCAGGAAGUUGUUCGACUUCAAUGUGUCACAUUACAGGGUGAAGGAUGUUGACGAGUCAAAGCACCCGUAUGAGCUGGAGGAGAAGAGGACGGAUAACGUGGUGUUGAGACUUGACGCUGAGCAUCACGGCCUCGGCAGUGGUUCGUGCGGUCCAAAGACCCGGGACGAGUAUGCGCUUGUGAACAAAGAUUUCGAGUUCGAGGUCUUACUAGAGUAGUGGCAUAAGCAACUUGUAUGCGGCAGACAGAACCUCUGACAAUCGACUCGUACCAGAUUUCGGAGGCUUUUACCAAGGUAGAUGCAAUACGAAAGUCAGAAUGGGUU